UGUAAAAUAAAAAAAAGGAAAACCAAAAGGAAAUAGAAAAAGCAAGAUGCAUUAUAGUCAUUCAGCAAAUAAAAUCAAAUCGCGAGUGUGAGAGAGAAAGGAGGGACGAUUAGCAUUUUCAAUUUCACCUUUGCAGUUUGCAGCCGCGAGAGAGAGAGAGAAUAGAAAGCGAAGCGUAAAAAGAAAAAACCGAAAGAAGAAGAAAGAAAAAUGGGUAAGGAUCUGAGCGACGAGCAGGUAGCUUCGAUGAAGGAAGCUUUCACUCUCUUCGAUACGAGCGGCAGCGGGCGGAUCGCUCCGUCGGAGCUUGGGAUCCUUAUGAGGUCACUGGGCGGCAACCCCACCCAGGCACAACUCAAAGCCAUCAUCGCCGAAGAGAACCUCACCGCACCCUUCGAUUUUCCUCGAUUUCUGGAUCUGAUGGCCAAGCACAUGAAGGCUGAGCCCUUUGAUCGCCAGCUCCGCGACGCCUUCAAGGUCCUCGACAAGGACAACACCGGCUACGUCUCCGUCUCUGAGCUCCGCCACAUCCUCACCAGUAUCGGCGAGAAGCUCGAGCCCUCUGAGUUUGACGAGUGGAUCAGGGAGGUUGAUGUUGGCCCCGAUGGUAAGAUCCGUUACGAGGAUUUCAUCGCCAGAAUGGUUGCUAAGUAAACUCCUCACAUAUCAGAUCCUUGCAAAUUCCAUUCGCUCUGCUUCUGGAUUUUCCUAAAUGUGUUCUUUCUUUUUUCUCAGCUAUUUCG